CUGACCAACACCACUCCAUCAGUACUCACGGCUCCACAUCACACACAGCCAAACAGGUUCACACGCAUCCACCCACGGAGGCACGGGCAACACCGGAAAUGGGGAGCUCACCGGAGUCGGUCGCCGUCGUGGCGGUGCCAUUCCCGGCGCAGGGCCACCUCAACCAGCUCCUGCACCUGUCGCUGCAGCUCGCCGCUUCGCGCGGGCUCGAGGUGCACUACGCGGCGCCGGCGCCGCACGUCCGCCAGGCGCGAGCCCGCGUGCACGGCUGGGACGACGAGGCUCUCCUCUCCAUCCGGUUCCACCACCUCGGCAUCUCCACGUACGCCUCUCCGCCUCCCGACCCCGCCGCUGAGCUCUCCUUCCCCUCCCACUUCAUGCCCCUGUGGGAGACGUACUCCGCCGACGCGCGCGCCCCGCUCUCGGCGCUCCUCGGCGGCCUCUCCGCCUCGCGCCGCCGCGUCGUCGUCCUGUACGACCUCCUGUGCUCCUUCGCCGCCGAGGAGGCGGCGCGGCUGCCCAACGGCGAGUCCUUCGGGUUUCACUGCACGUCGGUGUCGUACAUGCUCGGGAAGUUGGACGCCGAGCACCGGCUGCUCCGCGAGAACGGCCUCCACUAUCUCCCAGUGCACUCCUGCGUGACCAAGGAGUUCUUGGACUACGUGUACAACCGGGCCGCGGUGGAGCAGGCGAGUGCGUCCGCCGCCGGCAUCCUCGCGAACACGUGCCGCGCGCUCGAGGGCGAUUUCAUCGACGCGGCAGCGGAGGCCCUGGCCGCCGGCGGGAAGAAGCUCUUCGCCGUCGGGCCGUUUAACCCAGUGCUGCUCGACGCCGGCGCGUCGGGGCAGAGCCAGCGGCGGCACGAGUGCCUCGACUGGCUCGACAGGCAGCCGCCGGCGUCGGUGCUCUACAUCUCGUUCGGCUCGAUGUCCUCGAUGCGGGAAGGGCAAAUCACGGAACUUGCCGCGGCGCUGCGCGGCAGCAAGCAGCGGUUCAUCUGGGUGUCGCGCGACGCCGACCGCGGCAACAUAUUCACGGGCUCCGGCGAGAGCGAGAGCCGGCACGCGAAGCUUCUCGCCGAGUUCUCCAGGGAAAGCGAAGGGACGGGGCUGGUGAUCACCGGGUGGGCGCCGCAGCUGGAGAUCCUGGCGCACGCCUCCACGGCGGCGUUCAUGAGCCACUGCGGUUGGAACUCGACCAUGGAGAGCAUGAGCCACGGGAAGCCGGUUCUUUCUUGGCCGAUGAACUGCGACCAGCCCUGGGACGCGGAGCUGAUAUGCAAGCACUUCAAGGCCGGCAUCCUGGUGAGGCCAUGGGAGAAGCACGGCGAGGUGGUGCCGGCGACAGCCAUACAGGAGGUGAUCGAGAAGAUGAUGGUCUCCGAGGAAGGGAUGGCGGUGCGGCAGCGCGCAAAGGCGGUCGGCGAUGCCGUCCGCUCCGCCGUGGCUGUCGGCGGAUCGUCGCGCGAGGACCUGGAGCGCUUCGUUGCUCACAUCACAAGGUGACGAUGAUACGGUAUCGACCAAAUGGCUGGAAUCCCAAAGCAGGGGCGGAGCUGAUGGGUGGUCCGGGUGAUCCCGGACCACCCAAAAAAAUUGCCGACAAAUCCAUAUUACCCAAUAAAAAAUAAUUAAAAAGGAAAAUGGUGCUGUUAAUGACGCAUUGAUGCAACUUAACCAGGUAAUAUUAGGAUUGAUGGCCGCAUGCCCCUAUCCAUCUCACGCGAGAAUGCACCGCACAGUGGAAACCGAACUAUCGUCUCACGGUUUCACCAUCUCUUGACUCACGACAGAUCACAGGCGACACAUCUCUUCUUUGAGUCAAAAUUUUACUUAACUACCUAUUUUAAUGUUUUAAGAUGUUCUACUAACUAGCAAAAUAACGUUGAAUAAAUCAAUAUAGUGCAUAUAUCUAUUUAUUUCAAAAUUA